AUGUCCCUAUGCACUUGUGUGAAAAGUUGUCUAGGCGUCGUGGGGGAAGGAACUGCUGAUCAUCGCCCAGAAGUCCCCGUUACGCGGGAACAGCUGAACCACUACCGGAAUGUGGCUGAAAAUGUUCAAAGUGAGCUUGCAGCAAUGCUGGUCAAAUUUGAAUGUGCUCAGUCCCAGCUUCGAGAACUCCGCUCCAAGAUGCUCUCCAAAGAAGCUUGCUGUCAGGAGCUGAAGGCGGAAAUGGAGAGCUAUAAAGAAAACAGUGCCAGAAAAUCAUCUCUCCUCAUCUCUUUGAGGGGCAGAAUAGAGGAGCUCCAAGAAGAAUCAGCAGCGUUUUCUGCUUCUAAAGCCAGGGCAGAGGCCUCUGCUCACACCAUGAUGAAGGAGAACCAGGAACUAACGAAGAAAGUUCUAGAACUGAAUGAGAAGUUACAACACUGUUCAAAGGAAAAUGAGGAAUCUAAGAAACAAGGCUCAGAGCACCUCCGGAGGCACGAGGAAUUUCGGGCUCAGCUUCGUGAUUGCUUGAGUCUAGACAAGAAGCAUGAAGAGGCAUCAGAUGAAGAUUUAGUUUUAAAGCUUAGAGAGCUGUACAAGGAGACCACAUUCCUGAAAGGUCAGCUCGCUACUCUUGAAGAGACCAUGACUGUCCAUGAGAUGGAGGCAAAGGCUAACAGAGAAACGAUCAGGAGGCUGGCAGCCGAAGUCAGCAGGGAGCAGACAAAAGCUGCCUCCUGGGCAGAGGAGAAAGACAAGCUGAAUCAGGACUUGCUCAGUGCUGUGGCGGGGAGAACAUCUCUGGAGAGGGAAGCGAAGCUCUACCAAGAACGGCUGCUGCUGGCGUCUCAGCGAGCCUGGGAUGCCUCGAAGCAGGAGCUGAGCCUGCUGAGGAAAAGCUGCCAGGAGCUGGAGGCCAGCUUGAAAGCCAGCAGGGAGGCCGCCACAGCCUCGCAGAGCCGGAACUCCUGCUUCAGGGAGAAACUCGCAGCUCUUCUUUGCAGCAGAUUCCGUAUCGCUGAGUCCACAGAGGAUGCCAUAUUGGAGAGGAUUCGAGAACUAGGCAUUGAGGAAGAGAGCCAGAGAAGGGUGGCCUCUCAGCUUGAAGCCCAGAUCUCUGAGUUUGUUGGGAAGUUGGGAAAUGAAUCUGAGUCUCACCAGAGAGCCCUACAGAGGGCCCAUGUGGCAGAAAAGAAGUUGGAGGCUCUUCAGAGUCAACUGAGUCACCUGGAGGGAGAGCUGCUCUCUGGAGACGUCGUGAGAGACAACUUGUUUCUAGAGAAGCAAAAAUAUCUGAAGUUUCUGGACCAGCUGUCAGAGAAAAUGAAAUUGGGCCACAUAGCUGCUGACCUUGGCUUUGACAUGCGUCUGGAUGCAGUUCUGGCUCGCACAGAGCAGUUAGUUCGCCUUGAGAGCAGUGCUGUCAUCGAAAACAAGACCGUGGCUCACAACUUACAGAGGAAGCUAAAGACUCAGAAAGAAAGACUGGAGAGCAAAGAAGUGCAUAUGAACCUCCUUCGGCAGAAAAUUGCCCAGCUGCAGCAGGAGAAAGAGGCGCGCUCGGCCUUGGCCGUGGAGAGGGACGAAGCCCAUCUUGCCAUGAGGAAGCUGGAGAAGAAGCUGGAGAGGAUGCAGAAGGAGUUGAGUGUGUGUCAGGAGCACAACACUGAGCUCAAAGCCAAACUGGCGGACACCAAUGAACUCAAGAUUAAAACCUUGGAACAGACCAAAGCCAUUGAAGACUUAAAUCAAUCCCGAGACGAGCUGGAGAAGAUGAAGGAGAACGCAGAGAAAAAGCUCAUGUUGGUCAUGUCUGAGCUGGAAAACACAGAGCAGGAGGUUCGAGCACACCAGGAAAGAAGCAGAGCCAUGAUAGAGUUGGCCAGCCUUGAACUGAAGACCCUGAGGAAGUCUCUGGAUGAAGCAGAGAGGAGAGGACAGCAGCUGGCGGACUUCAGGGAGGUGGUUUCCAGUAUGCUGGGUUUGAACAUGACCUCUCUCGCUCUUCCCGACUAUGAGAUCAUCAAAUGUCUGGAAAGACUGAUCCAUUCAUACCACCACCACCACCACCACCACUUUGUCCCCUGUGCCUGCCUCAAAGACAUGGCCGCUGAGUAA